AUGAAAUCUAUUUCUAACUUGUAUAGAAGGCUAGUAUGGAAACUCAAACAGAAGUUUGAUCUAUCUCAACAAACGAUUACGCCCAUCCAAUGGUCCGACCCUUGUCAUAUUCAAAAUCCCAGUUCUUCGUUCUGUGAUGUCAUUACAGGUGACGAAAAGGAAAAGCUGAGAUUCAUAAGUAAAGAAGCCGAGCUAUUCUCUCAGCUAACCAGAUUUUUCCCUAAUACAAUCACUGAUGCUAACUGGAAAACAUUAUUGGAAUGCUCAACUAGGAAACAGCGCUUAGACUAUUUGAUUUUUUUACGAAAACGGGAAAGGUUGCGCGAAAUCGACAAACAGAAACAAUCAAAGGAGAGGGAGAAAAAAGCGGAAGACAAAGUGGAGUCCAAUAUGGAGAAUUGGCUUUUCAAUUUCAACAUAGCUAGAAUAGAAUCCUUCGAGCGGCAGGCGGAAUGGUGUAGAGUUGCUCGUUCAUACCAUCUACCCGGACCUCGGAUAGCAAUAGACUGUCGAUUCAUUCCACUUCUGUCUCCCAGAGCCGCUGAUUUGACCGCUAUACAAUUGCAACAUUUGGUGUCUCACAAUAAACAGAGACGAGAGCCCUGGCCACUGUACUUUGUCAACUACGACGACACCGAUGAAAAAAUGAAGAUUCUCCAAAAAAAACAUCUUGCAAUAUGCACAUCGCAUAAUAGCUCGGGGCCCAUUCUCACAAAAGAAAACUACACUUCAUUAGCGGAAAGAAACAAAAUAGUGUAUUUGAGUCCUCAUGCAGAAACGGAAAUCGAGGAAAUCGAGGAUGACAAUGUUUAUGUGAUAGGAGGGAUAGUAGAUCGCGUUCCAGAAAAAGGUAUCCAUCCACACGCAUCCCGAGUUACUGCAGAACAAGAUAAUGUACGCUGUUUACGUCUGCCACUGGACCAACACGUGAAAUGGGAAUCUGGACACAAAUUUUUAACAUUGUUAGCAGUAAUGAAUAUUCUGCAAGACACCUAUCAGAAUGGAAAUGACUGGGGUUUAGCCUGUCAACGGCAUAUCCCUGUUCGUAAUAUCCGACCACCUGCAGAGAAGAAUCAGCUGAUACGGGCGAAGCAUCAGCGUAUUCUUGCGUUCAACCGAGAAAUAUUGCGAAUCGUAGAUAGGAAGAUGGGUUCACGGUUCUAG